AAGCUUUCAAACAUUUCAAAAUGUCAAUUGAUAUAGUAGAAAUGUUAAAAGAACCUAAGAUGAUUACAGUAUGUGCACCAAUGGUUAGAUAUAGUAAAUUACAAUUCAGAUCUUUAGUGCGGCAAUAUAAUUGUGACAUUUGUUUUACACCUAUGAUCUUGGCAGAUUCAUUUGUACAGUCUGAAAAAGCUAGAGAUAAUGAAUUUUCAACAAAUAAUGAGGAUAAACCAGUAAUUGUUCAAUUUGCUGCAAAGAAUGUGUAUGACUUUCUUAAUGCAACAGAGAUGGUUGCACCGUAUUGCAAUGGAGUUGAUUUGAAUUGUGGUUGCCCUCAGCGUUGGGCAUUGAAAGAAGGAUAUGGAGCAGAUUUACUUAGAAAACCAGAUCUUGUGAAAGAUUUAGUAUACCAAGUGAAAAAUCGAAUUCCAAAUCCUUUCACUGUAUCUGUGAAAAUAAGAUUGUUGAAAGAUAUUCGUAAAACCAUUGAGCUUUGUCAAGUUCUUGAAAAAGCAGGAGCUUCCUUUCUUACUGUUCAUGCUAGAACUCCUGAAAUGAGAAAUGAACCAAUUAAUUUGGACAGUUUAAGAUUGGUGAAAGAUUGUGUGAAACUUCCUAUCAUUGCAAAUGGAGAUGUAAAAAACUUACAGACUGCAGAAAAAUUAUAUAUGGAAAGUAAUUGUGAAGCAGUGAUGGCUGCAAGAGGCAUUUUAACUAAUCCAGCACUCUUUUCUGGACAUUCUGUUACACCCCUUGAUUGUAUACAAGAUUGGCUUGAUAUUACAUCAGUUAUACCUACACAGUUUCUAUGUUUUCAUCAUCAUCUUGUAUUUAUGCUAGAAAAAUUACUUCCUAAAAAGAGCAGAAUAUUUUUCAAUAAUUUACAAAAUAAAACAGCUGUACUUGAAUUUUUAGAAAAUACUUAUGGUAUAAAACCAAAUAACAAUUCUAAAUUAUUUGAACCCAUUAAAUGCAAUUUUAAGGUCCCUAAUAUGAAAUGUAAUAAAUUUAUUGCAAAGGAUGAAGAUGAUUUCAAUGUUAAUUUUUUGGGAAAUAUAUUUGUA